AUGUACUUUGGAGAGCUCAAACCAAAAUCCCCACUGGAACAGCAUUACAGUGGCCCCGGUGGAUGGAGUUUGAACAUUUUAGACCAUUCCAUUGUCGAGGUGGUGCGAGAGAAGGGAUUCCACCUGGAUGUUGAAGAUUACCUGGCAGGUGUGCUGAUCAUGGCCAGUGAACUGUCUCGCCUGGUGGUGAACAGCGUCACAGCAGGGGACUAUGGCCGCCCCCUCCGAAUCUCCAACUUCAUCAACGAGCUGGACUCUGGCUUCCGACUGCUCAACCUCAAGAACGACCCCCUGAGGAAGCGCUACGACGGCCUCAAGUACGACGUGAAGAAGAUAGAGGAGGUAGUCUACGACCUGUCUAUCUGUGGCCUGGCCAAGGAGCAGGAGACUGGGGGAAACAAGUAGAGUUGUUAGGUGUAGGGCUGGGGCUCUACCCUAGGCUGGCUCCUGACCUCUCCAUAACUGGGACUGUGGAGUCUUGACCUGCUGAAUGGCAGGAAUAGGAGGUCUGUGGCCCCAGUAGCCUAGGACAGACUUGUGCAUGUGAUGAAUGACAGUCUUGUCAGUGGGGUUUGUAAGCUUUUGAUAUAGAGGCACAGUUUGAAGGGGAGGGGUUGUUCCAGUUUGAUUACUGGUGUUUGGAAAUGUUCACUGUAAUAUCCAACAUCAUACUGUAAUAUGCCUGUUAUUAUCUUUCAGUGGUUUUUGCUGUUCAUACAUUUUGAACUGAUGUUUUGUACUUGUGUAUGAAUUAUUGUUAAUUUCAUUUAAGGGGGUGCUGACUGGGUGUAAACCUCCACCCAGAAGAAAAGAGAAAGUGUUAACUACCAUAUUUAAGAAGCGCUUAUUUUGUUUUAGUUCAUGAGCAAAUAAAUAAUGAUUUUGUGCCA